AUGGGUAGCUCAUACCCUAAUGAAUACUAUGACCUGCUAUCACUUGUUGGUCCCUGUCAAACAGGCUACUAUGCCACAUCAGAAGAUGGCCACCUGAUGCCGAACGCCUCGAUGGAUCCCAACUCUUCAUCAAACUAUCAGUCAUCGGCCACGUCACCGGUGUCGCCGUCUAGCUGCACCAGUGCAGAUCUCCUUCCUGGAGGUACUGCUCUGCCCGAGAUUGACACGGAUUUCUACCUAUAUGAUUACCCGGCCAAUGACAUAUCGCCGACAUUGCCCAGAGAUGCUGGACAUGUGCCUUCCGCAGACAGACCUCUCAGCACAAGUGUUCCACAGAUCCCUCAUCUUUAUUGUCCACCGAGCGUGUCUUCUCCAGACCCCCUCGAUGAAGUCAGAGCAGACCUGCACCGGCUCCAAUCGACCGUUCAAAGUAGCGUCAGAAACGUUUCUCAUUCUCAUAAAUUGGUUGAGAUGAGGUCUCUUGUUGAGCAGAGACUACCACACUCCCUUAACUCGGUCCCAGAUAGAGAUGAUGCUUCCCCAGACCCUGUAUUGUUUUCUCAUAAUGCAGAGAAGAAAGGUAGCGAGAUAAACCGUCUCGGACCAAACAGUGUCUCAAGUCACCACCAGCUUCUUGAAGCCACUUUGGAAAGGAACCCGCAGGAUAUUCCACCCAAGGAUAAUUUGGGUCACCACAGUGGGGGAAAAUCACAAAAUCCGAGGGGCUCAUCUCAAACAACAUCUUGCAAUGACAAGAGCCCGCACCAGGCGACAUCGUUCAAAGAGUUGUCCCUCAAGAAGUCUCAAGCACGCCCUGCAUCUGAGCCCCAGGAUCUGCCUCCAGAGAAAUGCAAGUUAUGUGGCCAUCUAAUGACGACUUGUGUGGAAUGCAAGCUGCAGAAGGGUACUGUGGAUAGAUGUCAUUUAUGCUCUGGGAAAGCCAGCCAGCAGCACGGAUUACCCAGGGUCCUGGAAGACUAUGACCAAUACUAUGAUUUUGCGUGUAAUGGCAUGUCAGACCGGAAUCGCUCAGCAUCAAAGAUUGCUUGGGCACUAGAACAAGUGUCCCAGGCUUUCAAGCCAAAAGGUGAUCCAUGUUCAACUGAAAUCAGUCGCACAUCCAGAGAUUAUUUGUUCAAUGAGUCAUCUCAGUGGGUCUCAGCUAUGACAGCUAUCGACAGGGUGUAUGCACUUCAGGUUUCUGAGCAGUCCAUCUUCAAGGCCACGGGCUCCAGCUAUUCUACGAAGGCUCUCUCAACUAUUCACUCACCGCAGAUCUACAGCAAGAUUGGGCAUUCUGACUCGUCAAAAGGCAUUCACAUAGAACUCUCUGAAGUGCGAUACGACACACAGAAUAUUAUUGGAGAUACCAGUGUCGCGCAUGAGCCUGAUUCACGGAAGGUAGCAGCGGCUGAAUUGACUGCUGAGCAUGCCAUCCCACGCCUUGCGAAGACGCCUGAGAGUCUUUGUAUAAUUCAAUCGAAAUCGGUGUCUUUCAACCACUAUCGAAUUCGGACUUUAUCAUUCGGGCCGUAUGGAAGUGUGGCUUUGCCUCUACAUGACCUGACAGUUGAACCUGCCGCUCUGGAAAUUAGCGGAGGAUUUACCCUUUACCAUGCAUCAUGUGUCGUCAAAGACAGACAGUCUUUUCAGGACUCGACUCCUUUGACAAAUGGGCCCAGUGCGGCCGAAGACCAGCUGACGCGCAAGAGGCGCUCUAAAUUGCGAAGAAAGCUUCAAGUCAUCAUUGGGAUUCUUGUAUUACAAGCAUCUGUCGCCCAUACACUCCCAGUCUCGAAGCAGUUGGAAGAUAGGAACCCGAGGAAUCCUACUGUAGCGUCUGAAGACACUGACCUCAUCGAGGCCAGUAGCGACCUUGACUUAUUCGAUCUCAAUUUCUUGCCCCAGUGGCUCCGGGAAACGAUUUCCACAUUUUCUGCAGGCCUGAUAGAAAAUGUUGAGUCUUCGAUGUUUACAACACCGGUGUACAAAGCUGAAGAAGAGAUUUGGCCGAAGAUCAAGACGUUUGUAGGAUCCAUGGCGAGCUACCUGGAAACUCCCGUUAGCCCGACAGUGCUCGAACAGCACAUUGCUGAAUAUAGGAAGCUCGGGUGA